AUGGCUACUCCUUCAGUAUCAACUCCUCUCAAGUCCCACACGGGGCUCUUCUCCUCCCGCACCGCCGGCGGUCGCAUGCCCCUCACUCCGUCGCCUCGGUCACGCUCUACAACUACAACGGUGGCCGUCAACCUGAAGUCAUCACCUUUCACACCAGAGCGCACAAGCCAGACCGACGCUCAGCGAGCGUCCCACAAGUCAGUCUACGGAGGAAACCUGUCGGCACAUCUCGCUCGGUCGAGUGCCAAGUCAAGACCUUCUCAGCAGAACUCGCCCAAGUCCAACAUUGCUCGCUCUACUGCCACCCCCAAGAAGGCACUCGAGCUUGGAGUGUCUGACUUUACCUUGACUGGAACGGGCAAGCACAACCAGUGCAAGUCCCCUGCCGGCGCCAAAUCCAAGUCGACCUCCGCCAAGUCGACCUCCUCCAAGUCGACCUCGUCCAAAUCGACGACAUCCAAAUCAAGGACCAAGGCGGUUCCUACCCACGCCGCCGAUCGCUUCAUCCCCAACCGUGGUGCCAGCUCAGCUGUCGCUAACGCCGGCUCUGGGAAGCUCGACGGGCCCUCCAAGAAGAAGAAGGUCACCAUCGGCUCUGGCUCAUCUGACAUCCUGUCCGCGGCUGCUGACGACGCCAUCGCUGCCCUUGAGAGCUUGAGCAUGGACCAAGAGGCGGACACGUCUUCCGAAGACGUCUCGCGUCCAUCUCCCAACACCGUGGCGUACCAGGACUCCCUCGCGAACGCUUGUGGUGUUAGCAUGAACACACGCAUCCUCGAGUUCAAGCCUGCUCCACCCGAGUCAUCAAAGCCCAUCGACCUCCGCAAACAGUACAACCGGCCCAUCAAGCCAGCCAGCGCCAGCUCUGCCCAGUUCCGGCGUCGAAUCGCCACAGGUCCCGACCGGGUCUUGGAUGCACCUGGCCUCAUUGACGAUUACUACCUCAACCUCCUCGACUGGAGUUCCGGAAACCAGGUCGCCAUUGGCCUCGAGCGAAACGUCUACAUCUGGUCCGCCGACGAGGGUGCUGUGAGCUGUCUGCUCGAGACGAGCCCUGACACUUACAUCAGCAGCGUCAAGUGGUCCGGCGAUGGUGCCUACGUCGGCGUUGGCCUUGGUACUGGCGAGAUCCAGAUCUGGGAUGUCGCUGAGGGUGCCAAAGUCCGCAGCAUGUUUGGCCACGACACUCGCGUUGGCGUCAUGGGUUGGGACAAGCAUUUGCUUUCCUCUGGUGCACGAAGUGGUCUGGUCUUCAACCACGACGUCCGUAUCGCCGAGCACAAGGUCGCCGAACUCGUCUCUCACACCUCAGAGGUUUGUGGGUUGGAGUGGCGCUCUGAUGGACAACAACUUGCUACCGGCGGCAAUGACAAUCUCGUUUCCAUCUGGGAUGCUCGUUCCCUGUCCGUGCCCAAAUUCACCAAGACCAACCACAAGGCUGCUGUCAAGGCUCUUUCUUGGUGCCCCUGGAACACGAACCUGCUCGCCACCGGAGGUGGUUCCUACGACCGUCACAUCCACUUCUGGAACACGACCUCUGGAGCUCGGGUGAACAGCAUAGAUACGGGGUCCCAAGUCACCAGCCUGCGCUGGAGCCCUCACCACCGCGAGAUUGUCAGCUCGAGCGGCUUCCCCGAUAACUCCCUGACCAUCUGGAGCUACCCGACCCUUGUGCGAAAUAUCGACAUCCCUGCUCACGAGAGCCGAGUGCUGCACAGCUGCCUCAGCCCUGACGGACAAUCGCUGGCAACCGCAGCCGCGGAUGAGAGCUUGAAGUUCUGGAAGCUUUUCGAGAAGAAGCCUGGUGCGACUGGACUCGCAGGUGCUGGCUCCUCCAGCAAGGCCGCCAUGGUCAAGCAUAUGACGAUUCGUUGA